CUCUCUCUUUUUUUCCUCUCUCCCUCUCUGCUUGUCUGGUGUGAUUGGUCAGUUUUCUGUCACUGUAACUGCUACUGUGGGUGGAGACACUCCCAGCCUGCUUUUUAAUACCAGCAAAGCCUGCUCAUAAUCACACCAACGCCUCUCUGACAUCUUUUGUAACGCCCGCACCGACUUUGGAUCUUUUAACGUUCGACCAUGUGUAAAGGACUCGCAACUCUUCCUGCAACAUGCUUGAAAAGGUAAGAAAGUUUGACACUGUUGUUACACUCCUGAUAAAAUAAACUUUGGAAAAAUCUGAAGCUCUGUUGAACUUUGAGUUGAAAUCAAACACUUGCUAUUUCAACCCUGUGAGAUCACUUGAGAACAACAGUAACUAAAGAAAAACGGAGAGAGCCGCUAAUCUCUUGCUUACACAAAGCAGAUUGUCUUACAAGUGUGUCUUUGUGCUGAUAUUUGUACUCCAAACAAACUGCAAUCUUCACUCACAGUCUUUUUUUCUGCCUCUCCAACAGUGCCAAAGACAUCAAGCACAAAAUCAGCUUCUUGCUCCAGAAGCCUGAACCCCAAACAGCGGACCAGAAACAGACGAAAGAGAUAACUGCGAAAAGGUCAGAGGGAUUCAUGUAAUCUUGAGCCUGUGGAUGUUGUAAGAUGCCUGAUUUUAUCCCUCAAAUCCCACAAUGAGAGAGAUGAAACACUAAACUCGCUCACUCAUCUUGCGUUGAAUAUAACAAAUGAACUGCACUUCAAUCUGUGAUUUUUCAAAGUAAAAUGAUGGAAGUUGUGCAAAGAGCACUUCAGUUGAAUUAUGCUCAUCUGUCAAGAAAUGAAAUGUGAAGCUCUGCCUGUGGAUAAUGUGUCCAUUCAUUCAGUGGUUAGAUUUAACAAGUGUGGUUUGAGACUGAUGAAUGAUGUCCCCCUCCUCUGAGACGAACAUUUGGCCAAGAGUUGUUCGGAAACUUGAUUAAUUCGUGCCUCAGAAUCAUUGAGCAAUGGCCGUUUAGUAGAAAACUGUAAAAAGAAACCAAAAAGCAGAAUCACUAGGAAACCAUCAUCAAAACUGUUAUCCUCCGCUCUAAUAACAUGUUUUGGACUUUGCCUGUGGCAGUGAAUUUGUGCAGGUGCUGUUUCAAACAGUGUAUUUGUUGUGUGAUGGAUGCAGGAGCGGCUCUAGCUUAGGCUGUCAUGUUGUCAGGUUUAGACGCAGCUACAGGUGGGUGGGGUUGCCAACACCUUAGGGAUCAGGACAUGAAAAGGUUGAGGACUAGUGAUGUAUACUUACCAGAAAAUACAAUGUGUGUGAAUCUUCAGACUGAAUGUACUUAAAAUCAUUGGACUUUUUUUGCAUGUGAAGUAUCUCAGAUUUAUUCAGGGCUUCAAUGUUGAAUAAAUGAGACGGUUUAAAGCUCCUGUAAGGACAGUCUGUCUUGUGUCUUGCUGAUUCUGGUGUCAGAUAUAAAAAAAAACAGUCACUGUUGUUGUUAACGGUACAUUUGUGCUUCUUCAUUGCACAAAGACUCAUCAGUAUUAAUUUCGAUUCAUUUUACAACCAGCUCAAAUCUCCUCCCAGGAGCUUUGAGUCACUGGAAAACAGAAUUGGAUCAUUUUCGGCAUGUUUUUUUAAUACUUCGGUUCAGGAGUGUUGCUUUCCUCUGAGGGCGGCAGGUGUUGCUUUGCGUCACCGUGGAGAAAGUGACUACUUCCUGAUGAUGAAUGCUUUUACUCUUUUACUUUGCGUGCACUCUCUGCAGUUUGAACUGCUGGUACUCACCCAUGUCCCCCUCUCUCCCCUCGGUGACGUGUCCUCUGUUUAUAUUCUGAACAGGUUAGCAUUGACCACUCUCACCCUGACCUUUCCCUUUCAGCAACAUGUGAUCCUCUCACUGACAGCUUUCCCAUACUCACUUUCAGCAGCUUCUGUUCACGCUGCAGAGCCCCAGAGACGCGCUGAUGGCUAUAAAUAUCGAUUAUUCUUUUUAAAUCGCACGUGCAGCCAUUAAUUGUUGUCAUUAAUGCUGUUUUUCCUCAGCUGCUAAUGGAGGCUUUAUUAUACUGUAAAUGUCAGAUGACGUGUCCCGCGCACGUGUGAUUAGAUUUGUCUCCAUUAAUGAUAAGUGAAUAGGCGCAGCUGGGUUCUACAUUUAGCAGUGCACAUUUAUUGAGAAAGAAAGGAUAUGAGGGGAGGAUGACAGGAAGCUUUUUUCUUUAAAUCUGUUCAACCUCAUUUACAAACUCUUUCAAUCUUCAUUUCAGGGUUCCUUCUGCAGCUGAAGUGGAGAAAUGGAGGGAGUCUUUCAGCCACGUGAUGAGCAGUGGAAGUAAGUGUCACUCUAAUGUUCCCACUUAGAAAAAUAUUAACCUUUAAGAUUUAACCCAAAUAAGGCCAGUGAGCCCGCUUCUACGAUCCAUAUUAAACCCAGAGGAUUCAGUCAGAAUGCGGAUGUUUGCCUCAUCCUUUUCCCGACAGAAUCUCUCUUGUGAUUAAAAAAAACAGCACUUAAUGAAAUUAUCCUCAUGUGACCCGCUGUUGUUGUAAUCUUGGGAAUAGAAUGGGAAAAGGGCCCUGACCUUCACAUUCCUUGACAGCGUUUGACGGGAACGUUUUGUCAAUUUCAAAAGUUUUGCUUUUCUUCUGUCCUCUUUGCAAAUUAUAUAACCAAUAAAACAGAUGUGCCAGUAAAGCCACAUCAAUCGGCUCGAAUCCCUUGAUAAAUCAAUUUCGUGGUCUAGACGUUAAAAGGAAGUUGAGGAUGUUGUUUUGGGAGAAGAAAUGCGUAUUAUAAGCAAACACAACGUAGACUUGAAGAAGAACCCCCCACAGUUGACCAAUAAAACUUGGAGGAACAACUUCCAAUAAAGUAUAUUCAUUUGCAUCAAGUUAGUCACAUGACGAGAAUUACUCAGAAGUAAAUACAGGGAAAAAAAUCAACAUUUUGUGAGAGAGGAAAUCGAUCAGAACUUCCAGAGUAAUGUUUCUCAGUGAUUUGUUUAUCAGAAGUACAUGAUACUCAAGAUUUAGAGGAUGUGGAGAAAUCUCUGUAAAGACGAAAAACUGGUACUCAAGGACCAUGAAAUAAUCUUGACUUUCUGGAGACUCUGCAUCAAAAAUAGACAUGUCUCUAUAGUGGAAAUCACUGCAUGAGCUCAAAACCACAUCCAAAAACUGUAUCUACAAAUGCAGGUUAAAACUUUACCAUGCAAAAAGGAAACCUAUCUUAAUAUGAUCCAGACAGGAUACAAUAUGAGACGCUAUUGAUAUUUGAUAUCGGUCCGAUAUCAUCCAAAAUACGAAUAUCGGAUUAUAUCGACCUGCAUCUAAAAUCUCAGAUAUUAACACUCCGAUACAAGCAGUCCAUUCCAGACUCCACUCUGGCACCUGUAGCUAGCAGGCAGAGCCCACGUGAUCACAACAACAGUGAGUACUAAGGUACAAACAUAGUAGCAAGCAGUAGGAGUGAUGUCGGCUUUGUGGAAGUAUUUUCCGAUAAAGUCAGAAAAAGAGGUUGCAGCUGAGUGCGAAACUUGUCAUGCACAAGUUUGUGCCAAUAUCGGAUCAAUAUCGGUAUUCGCCGAUAUUGAAGGCUACAAUAUCUGUAUCGUAUAGGAAGUAAAAAAGCUGUAUCAGGACACCCCUAAGUAAACCAAUGCAAAGUGAGAAAAUGACUCAUGAUCUGACAAAUCAAAAUAUAACCUUUUUGGAAAUCAUUGACACUUUAUUCUCGGCUUAAAAGACGCAGCUUGUUGUCGGUGCACACUUGAAAAACAGUGCAGGGGAAGGCAGCAUUAAUGUGAGUAACAUAGACAGGUUUUGGAGCCACAUACAGAAAAAUAUGCCUGAAUACAUUUUGCACUCAGCAGAAGAAUUAGGGUGCCAGCAGUCCUAACUUGUCACCACUAGAAUACCUUUUUGCCCAUCAUGACACAAACAUACAACAGAUAAGUAGCUGAUAUACUAUAUGAGGAAAGAAUGAGGCAAGAUUUCAAUCUCAAAAAGUCCAGAAACUGAUCUCCUUGGUUCUGGUUUCCAUUUUACAAUGGAAACAAAGUUUUUGCCAAACAAGUAGCUUGACAUCAUAUCUAAUGAGGGACUAUGAUGCAGGAAAAUGUCAGUAACUUGUUUAUCUUUCACAGCGAGGAGAUUGGCCCCGAUUUUUUUCCAAAUUAAAGGCUCCCUGGAGAGAUUUCUGUGGUUAUGAAACAGGCUGAAACUGAUAAUAAGGCAUUAGUAUGACCUACAAAAAGUAAACCAGACCAUCAGGAGGAGGACUGGGUUGGUUAAUAUGGAAAUUUUGAAAGGCUUUAACUGCUGCUACCAGAUCAGCGUCACUCAUGAUGCUCAACAGCGGCUGAAACAGACUUUUGUCAUUUAUUAGGGGGAAAAGAGAGGGGGAAUGACAUGGACCAAACUGUGUUAGCAGUGGAAAUAGAGCCCAUGAUUAUCGGUCAUUUUGGUGAACAAUGAACUGAACAGCUCAAUUUGAAAAUUUGUGAAUGGAGAGGCCAAAGUUUAUGGUAAAAUCUUUGAAAUAAAUAAGGUGUCACUCCACCUUUACCUUGGCUUUCUUCAGUUUGACUGAAGGCACUGUUUUCUCUCUCUAGUUCCCAUAAAUAUUGCAAUAAUAUCUUUUUGAAUUCCUGUGACAAAGAUGUAAAAUCUGAUGUUAUGGCAGCACCAAAUUGAAAAAAAUGAUUAAUAUAAUUUGCCUAAAUGUUAAGUUUGGUGUCAGCCUGCAGGACGUUUAGAAAUGCAGGGUGAGCGUUGGUUAGAAAUUAGAUGACCGCAAAAGCUUCUGGUUAGUGCACCUCAUCAGGUACCAAAGUGUUUCUCAGGGCGCAGUCUUGGCACCGUCUUUAGCCAAUAGGAAAAGGAGGAUGAUAAGUCAUACCAUAAUGAGCUCAAGUGCUCAAUGGAAACAGGGCUCUAUAUACAAACCCACAGGCACUCUGCUGCAUUCUCAGGGUCUGCUCCUCUGCUACGUGUCUCAAGGCACUACUCAUCGGCCCCUUAGGGCGCACUGACCAGUGCAGCAUGUGCAUGUGUGUGUGCGUCUUUGUGUGUGUGUGUGCAUAUAUAAGCCCUCUGAGAGUUACACUGUGUGAGUGAGGGACACGAAAGGAGAGCAACGGCCUUGAGGGAAGCAGCUGAGUUCUGACCCGCUCCGUUCCAUGACCUCCUCCUCUGAACUCUAACUCCUGUCAUGUCCUCCUCCUCCGGCUUUUCCCGACUUCGUCUGUCAGCUCCCAUCAGUCUGAUCCUCUUUUUUGUGUUUAUCUUGGUCUCCUCCAUUUGUCUUCUGCUUAAGUUAAUCACUUUGAUAAAAUUAUAUAAGUCCCUCAAAGGCUCAGAUCCGACAUUCAUUAACUUCUGCGGUUAUUGGAAAACACUUAUCUUCUGUAUCAGGAAGACAGGAUGUAUUUUUUUUCCCUGCUGCAUCUUUUUUCAUUUUCCGUAAAACAUAAUAAAUCUGUAUAAUUACACUACUUUUUGCUUCCUGGCUCUACUCCACAUGUGCUUAUUUUCUCCUGGGAAAAUGCACAAGUUGAAAGACAGCUAUUAAUCCGACGCUUUCCCAACGUGCACUGUAUAUAAAAAUGUUUUUCUUGUUUGUCCCUGUCCUCUUAGGUGGACGCACAGUCUUCACCAGCUUCCUGCAGUCAGAGUUCAGUAAGGAGAACAUGGACUUCUGGGUCGCCUGUGAGGACUACAAGAAAACUGACCCUUCAAAGCUCGCAACCAGAGCCAAGCAGAUCUAUCAGCAGUUUGUUGAAGCUGAUGCUCCAAAUGAGGUAGUUACUUUAAUCAGAAACAUGUGGUAACACUGACGAUGAUGUGUUUUAGUGUCAUUACGAAACAGGGAUGAAGAGACAAAAGAGAGGGAAAAGAUGAGCUAAACCACAAGCGGCAGUAGUCCUUCAAAUUCUGACAUCAUAAAAAGGCGACGCUGUGCAAGUUAUUAAUGCAGCUGCACGCUGACAACUCCUUGAGUGUUUUUUCUUGAUUGUCAUGUUGGUGUGAGAAUGCAUAUUCACGUUCAGUCUCAUUGCUGAUUAAAGUCAAGUGCGCUGUGGUUUUAUGGUGAUCAUCCUGGGAAAUCUGAUGCUGAGUGUGAGCACUGCCACCCGACUGACCCAGUUUAAUCCUUUAAGAAAUAAAUAAAUACAAGUGGAGAUACAAAUAAAGAUGUUAAAGCUCCUAUAAGGAGUUUUUUGAUGUUUAUGAAAUUGACUGAAAUUCAUAUUGGGACCUUUUUAUGAUCUGACCAUCAGUGAAAAGAUUUAAGGUGGAGAUGUGCUCAAUUUCAAUGCUUGAGACCAGUAAGAGAGGGUAGAAACAGCCCCCUCUUAUUAUUUACAUUAAAUUAAACAAGACUGUAAGAAGCUUGUAAGAUGACAUUGUUUCUCGCCCACAGGGGGCGCCAUAAUAACACGGAAUCAUUUUGGUUUUUCUGACAUGUUUUAAUUGAAAAGAUUGAAAAAUAAAAUCUUAUAUACUUUUAUUGGUUUCUCUGAGGGCGUUUCUGUUCCUUUCUGCGAUAUUUCAUCAGAGACAAUUUUGGAUCAGUAAUGCCAGCUAAGAGGCAGACAUCACUCUUGACUGACAUUGCUAGUGAUAGGCAUCACUAGUCAACCACUGAUCAAUGUAUAAGUGGAUUUUCUUUUUACAAAUAACAGGAAAAAAGUCACACAUCAACAAUUUGCACUUGAGCAAAUACUCUGAAACAUAUUCUGAGGUUAAACUUUUGCUUAAUUUCAAAAUGACCACUUAAAGCUCCUGUGAGGAACUUUUGGUUUGUGUCAGUUUUGGCGCCCCCCUGUGGACCAAGCAGUCUUUGCUCAUUUUGUGUCGUCAGACUACAAAAAUCCCAUCCUACUGACUUUUGACAGCCAAAUAUGUCUUUUCUUUAAUAUUUAACACUGAAAAGAUAAAAACGUGACUUUUUCUUGAUGGCUAUACAUUUUUGACCAAUCAGAAAUAGUACUGUUUGUUUUCUGAGACUGAGUGCAGCCUCUGUUAAGACUUGCUAAACUGUUCCAGUAGACUGUUGAAAUAUGAGGUUGUGUUCAGUAUUUUAAUCCUUCAUUUCUGUCCUCUGUAAUUUCAGGUAAACUUGGACGCAGCCACCAGAGAAGAAACCCGGCAGAACGUAGAGAACGCCUGCCCGUCUUGUUUUAAUGAAGCGCAGAAGAUGAUCUACACUCUGAUGGCAAAAGACUCGUACAGACGCUUCCUCAACUCCAAACUGAUCAAAGAUCUGUGUCUGACACAGAGAAGUGCUGCUGAGGAGAAGAAGGAGAAGAAAAACUGUGUGAACAGGCAGGAGUCAACAGGCGGAGCGUAAACAGGAAGUCGACAGACACGACCCGAGGAUGGUUCCAAAGAUGACGAUGUUUGAGAGAGUUAACGCUGGUAAACCUCGUGUUUGUACCUGGUGUUAAAACAAGGAGACCAAAAAGAGAUAAAUGUGAAACAUGAUGAAGACUUUCUGUUUUUGAUACUCUUGAUGUGCCAUGAAGUCAAAAUGUUUAAUACUUAUUUAAGUGUUUCUAUGUUGUGUCCGGUGAUGUGUGUAUAAAAACACAUUCCUUAUAAGCUAUCUAGUAUUUCUUUAAUGAUAGAGGUUUGUUGUGACUCUAUCACAGAAAAAUAUUUGAGUCUGCGUCACGAAGCCCAGAUUAAGCUGCUACUGUUGUCAAACACAAACAGCCCACAGAGUCACAGCAGGGUCAUAUUUGUGCUCUCAACAGAGACCAACCACAAGCUCCACCCACUCCUCCAAACAAGCCUGCUGGGAGUGCGAACCUGUGGAGAGCUUAAACUAAAUAAGAGCGCAUAAGUGCCCUACAUAUAAAAAGUUUAAGCAUAUAUACAUGUCCUAUUAUAGUCUAUGAUGCAAAGUACAACUUACUCUACUUUUGCAGCUGUCCUUGUUGCUCUGUAAUUAUCCAUUACAGUAAAAAUAAUUAACUGAUCUUAACUUGAUCAUUCUGACUCAAAAUAAACAAAAAUAUCACUAAAGAGAUUCACCAAAAUGAUAAAGCAAAGAAUAUUUACUCAUUUUGGUGACAUGUGGUAUACAGAAGUUUAUAUAGUUCUAGACGACAUUAAAGCUCAAACAGCUUUACAGCUCAACAGCUCAAAUUCCUCUUCUUGUGAGUAUUUGGCGUGGAAAUUUUACAAAAUGACUUUUUUUUUUGUGGUUUUUACUAUUUGGUCGGACAACUACCCGGUGACAACGGGUAGAAGAAUUCAAAAUACUCAUAUUAGAAAUGAUCAGUGUUGCUACUGAUGUCCUUGUUUAGUUUCACACUCUGAUAAAAAACACUCAUGGGAGCUUUAAACUGCACAAUUCAACUACUCUUCACUGAGUUUUUGCUGUGUUUACAUCGAGCCUUGCAGUAUUUUCUCUCAUUAGCUUAAACUCGCUAAUAUGCAAUCUCAGUUUUUUUAUUUCCUUCUUUUCUUUCAUUGAAGACAGCUGCUGGGCUAUGUUUAUGAUCACACUGUCAUGACACUGUACAUCUUAAAAAACUGGCCUUGUUCAGACCACAUCUCCAAGGAGAGUUGAAAUCAAUGUCUUUUUGAAAUUUCAUGCAAGCUUUGACACUGCGUUAUUGAUUUUUCUUACAUAGCAUCAGGGUUAAAGGUCAAAUUGUGACUCAUCGGAUCAAAACCUGUCUGUGCAGAGAACUACAGAGUAUGUGGACGUUUCUUCAUUCAGUACCUUCUGGUGGUCUUGCAUGUGAAAAUGUUUCAUUGAAAUGUAAACUGUGAUAACUCGUGAUCAAGCUGUAUGAAGAUAUUUAUCAAAUGAUGUUAGUGUCAUAUUUCUACGUGACUAUUCACAAAUAAAGUGAUGUUUGUAAUGGUCUGAAA